CGAUGUGCACAUGACUGAUUGCAAUGUAUCUCAAGAGCUUGUAGUUGAAAAUGAAUGUGACAAAUCACCAUUGUCUUAUGUUGUAAAUCAAAACACUUGUGGCACUCAGACAUCAAACAUAUUAAGACUAUUCUCAACUGAGCUGUUACUUGCAGAUCAUGAGACAGUGCAUUAUUAUACUGGAUUAGAAACAUCUGCAAAGUUUUCUUUAGUUCUAAGCACACUUUUACCUAUGGCUAAUCAUUUAAAAUACCGUUGGAGUCAAGUAGUUUGUUUAUCAGUAGAGGACCAAUUUCUCAUGUUAUUAAUUAAACUUAGGAGAAACACUACGGAUUUUGAACUGAGCAAAAUAUUUGGUGUCAGUAAGACUGAGGUCUCUAAUAUAAUAGUGACUUGGAUAAAUUUUGUUAAUGAUGUUUGGAGUUUGGUUGAUAUUUGGCCAUGCCGAAAAUUAGUGGAUUUUUAUAUGCCAAAUAGUUUUAAAAAAUAUUAUCCUUCUACAAGGGUGAUUAUAGAUGGAACUGAAAUAAAUAUUCAAAAACCUAGUCAACCCAAUGACCAGAAAGCCUCAUUCAGCACCUAUAAACAUAAAAAUACUUUAAAAUUCUUGAUAUGUGAUCCUGGGGAUAGUAUUAUGGCAGACAGAGGUUUUAAUGUGCAGGACCUGUUUGCUCCUAAAGGAAUAGGUAUCAAUAUACCUCACUUUUUAAAAGGCAAAUCACAAAUUCCAGGUGUUCAACUUAAAUUAGACCAGAAGUUGGCUAGCCAAAGGGUUCAUAUUGAAAGGCUUAUAGGUUUAACCAAAACAUAUUUAAUAUUAAGAAAUGAACUGAACCAUUUCUAUGUUCCGUUAGCAUCAAAAAUAUUUUUUAUAUGUAUAAUGCUCUGUAAUUUUCGAGAAGGAAUUGUAAAUAAAAAUAAUUAA